ACGUCACAACAGAUGACCGCUAAAACAAAUGAAGGGCGAUGUCAGAGAGAUCUCCGCAUGAUAUAUUGUACCCGAUCGGUCGUAUGUCGAUAAGUAAUCAAUGUUUGAGCUAGCAAACCAAUGCUCGCUAUGGUGAAAACUUUCACCUUUCACUAAUCAAUUAAACCUCGGCUUUAAGUCUCUGGCGAGAAGUAGGUGUUAAGGAAGAUGGAAAAGUUUGCAGUGGAUUUGGACAAAGUUUUAGAUGAAUUAGAAUUUAAUGAAGAUCGUGCAGAGAAUUUGAUGACAAGUGGAGGAAGACACCACAUUUCCUCUGUAUCUUCACUACCUCAAGAGAACAGUGCUGCUCAUGUGUCAUUUGAAUCUGGAGACAAUGGAAGCAAAUGGAGGCCCAAGCCAGUUCCAGUGUCUCAAAAGACAAGUGUCAGUGGAGUAUUUUCAAGUCUUAAUGAAUAUCUUAACUCUGGCCGGGCCAAAUCAACACCCAGUGUGAGCGACAAUAAUCGUGGCGAUCAUUGCACAAUAGAUGAACCUAACAUUGAAAAUCCUGAGCUACCUGCUUGGUCCCCUCCCCAAAAUGAUGUCAUCUCUCUUGAAGAAAAACCAGAUUUGAUUGAUUCAACUGUUCUUUGUCCCAAUGUAUCAGUGGUUUCAAAUGAGACAGCUGUCCUUGAAGAAAGACAUAGUUCCCAUUGUACAUUUCUGCCUGAUAUUGCUACAGCUGGAACUAUUGGGAAUACAAGCACAUAUGAAGAUGCAAGUUCAUCCCUUGAUUUGUUAAGUCAUAAAAGUAGUACUGCAGUUGAUGCGGAUCUAGAGACCAGUAAAGAAGAAGAACCAGAAUUUCAACCUACAAGCAGUGUUCUUAGUUUUGGCACACUAGAUGUUAGCCAGGAAAUUGAUGAUGAUGAGUUGAGUGAUUACUUGUCAGAUUUGGAAUUAGAGGAAAAGGAACACGAAGAGAAUCUAAAGCAAGUGACUUAUGCUGUUUUACCUUCACUUGUUAAUGAUAAAAUUGAAAUUGAAUCAGACCAGCCAGAACUACCUAUCAAAACAGACAUCAGCAAGGAAAGCCAGCACGAAGAUCUUUGCCUUCAAUCAGAUUCUGUGUUGCUGAAUGAGCACUCCCUGAAAGUGGAAGUUGAUUUGGAACCUGGCUCAAACCUCAAUCCAACUGAAAGUACUGCUAAGACUUCUUCACUUACAUCUGAAACAUCCUCAUCAGCAACCAAAAAUUAUGAGAAUUUUUCUCCUGAACAGAAAUUAGAAGAACCACUCAGUGGGACUGAGCCCUCACUUUCUGAAUCAACCACAGAAACAACAUUGGACGUGACCUCAGAACCUUCUUUGAUUCAAUCUGAACAGGCACCUGAAGAGAGAAUUGAGAUUCCUACAUUACCUGAUAGUAAUUUUAGUGAAGUCUCAAUAAACCAAAGCACAAUGUCGCAGAUCAGUGCAUUAAAAGAUGAUCCAGUAACAUGCCAAGAGGACAUUGUCUCAGGUGACAGUUCUUCCACCCCUUCAUGUCAGCUGACAUCUGAAGACAAUAAUCCUGCACCUACAUUGUCUUCUGAUAGUAAUUGUACAAGGUUUGAAGACAAAAAUAAUACCACUAAUGUCCCAACUAAGGAAGAUGAUGUUUGUUCCAAAUUGGGAGCGAGAUUGGAGCUGCAACAAAAGAAGAUGGUUCCUCUCACCCUGUGUGUUAACGAAACCGUUGAUCCUUCCUCACAAUUGUCUUCCCCACCAACUCCUCCUACAGUCCCUGUAACCCCCACUCUUCAAGAUGACCCUGUCCUGGAAGAAAUCGCAUCGAACUUGUCAACUCCAUUUUUUACCCCAACAGCAGUUAGUGAGUCUUCUGUAUUCAAUGAAUCAGAUGGCCUUGAAGAGUUAGUGUCAAAUCUUCCCAACACUUCAGCAUCUGAUGCAAAGCCAGAAACUGUAACUUGUGAUUCAUCUCAAAAACCUGUAAGGCCUUCUUCAUUGGAAAUUCCUGUUUGCUCAGAGCCUUCACAGGCUGUAACAACAGGCAGUAGUGAGGAAUCUCCUGCUGCUUUCAAUGCUAACAUUGGACCUCCUGGCGCAACACCAUCAGCAAAUAGGCCUUCUAUCGUAGAAGCUCUCUCUGAACCUCCUGCGACAGAUGAAUCUGCUACAGAGUCAUCAGUGGAGGAAGGCUUAUCAGGGGCAGUUGGUGGUGUUGAUUCUGAUCCUGUUCCUGUUCCUGUUGAGGAAACACUUCUAGGAAAAGAACCUCCCUUUUGGGUUCCUGAUGCAGAUGCUCCUUGUUGCAUGCAAUGUGACUUCAAAUUUACAGUGUUGAAAAGAAGGCACCAUUGCCGUGCAUGUGGUAAAGUUUUAUGCUCAAAGUGCUGCAGUGAUAAAGCUCACUUGGAAUAUAUAAAUGCAGAGGCUAGAGUUUGUGCCUCUUGCAAAUCUGUUUUAAUGAGAGCUGUAGGUUCGCCUGUUUCUCCUGAAAGAACAAAUUUACAUCCAAAUCCCAACAAUCCAAUGGAGUAUUGUUCCACAGUUCCUCCCUUAUUGCAAGUUGCUGGAUCAUCAGCAGCCGCUCCAAGUGUCAUGGUCCCUGUGGGCGUUCUUAAAAGGGAGGGAAGUACAAAGCCAAAAUCAGAAGCUAAACAAGUCAUGUUUAGUGAUGGUAUUCGUCCUGGUGCAGACCUUGCAGAAUUAGAUGGCUCAAGUGAACCGCGUCUGUCAAUAAGAAGAACAGGUCGUGUCUCUAAAAGAGUUGGAACUCCACCAGGAAAUGCUCCUGCCUCUCAAAGGUCUUUGCCUGCUAUUGAUGCAACCACUAUGAGUUAUGUUCCACAUGGCAAAGGCCUUCCCCCAAUCGUUGUAAGGGGGAAGGAUGGCAUUCAAUUUGAAGAGGACCCUGACCCAGCUCGUCUUAUGGCUAUGAUUCGAGAAGAUUCAGUUCCACCUGUCAAAUUUACUAUUAAUCGUAAUCUGUAUGUUCUGGUGAAAAUUCUUGACUUGAAUUGCUGUGUGAAUAAAGUUUGUUGGUGCUUCACAAGUGAUGGACUUAGCUCAGUGGGUCAGGAUGAGAUUGUUAUCAUACUGGAGGUAGAACCUGAAGAGACAAAUGUUCCAAAGGACAUAUUUAUUCACUUAAAUACUCUGUAUAUGGAAGCAGCCAAGGGAAAUACUGUUACUGAAAUGGGGCACACUUUGACUCAAGGAUCACCUUUUCUUGGGUCAAGAGAACAUGGAGGCUUCCUUUAUGUGAGACCAACAUUCCAGUGCCUUCACAGACUUGUUCUGCCUCCUGCCCCUUACUUAGUUGGUGUUCUUAUUCACAAAUGGGAGACACCCUGGGCCCGAAUUUUUCCUAUCAGACUCAUGUUAAGACUUGGUGCUGAAUUUCGCUACUACCCAUGUUCCCUCGUCUCCAUUCGUCAAAGAUCUGCUGUGUAUGGAGAAAUUGGUCACACAAUCAUUCAGAUGCUUGCGGACUUCCGUAACAUGGCAUACACGUUGCCUACUGUUAGAGGGCUCGUCAUACACAUGGAAGACAAGCAAACCGUAAUACUGUUGCCUCGCAACCGUUAUGAUCAGGUUAUGCGGGCUUUGAAUAAUUCAAAUGACCACUUCUUAGCUUUUGGAGCAAACUUCAGCCAGGUUGCAGAUUCUCAUCUUGUGUGUAUGCAGACUGAUACAGAACACAGCUAUUACACGCAAGCAAUAAACAUUCAGAAUAAACCCCGAAAAGUUACUGGUGCAUCCUUUGUAGUGUUUAAUGGUGCAUUGAAAGUUUCUUGUGGAAUGUCAGCAAAAUCUUCUAUUGUUGAAGAUGGUUUAAUGGUUAAGGUUACAGCAGAAACCAUGGCAAGUCUUAAGACAUCUUUACGUGACAUGAAAGAUUUGAGCAUAACAUGUGGUCCUAUUAAUCCAUCAAACGAAAGUUCUGCGGGAGCUGGUGCUUUGGCAAGUGAUGGAGUGGUUUUAAUUAAAUGGGCAGAAGAUGACAGGAGUUUUAACAUUGGUGUUCUGAGUAGUGUGGACGGGCGACCACUGAAUGGAGUGCCAUCAAUAAGAGUUCACAAUGGAACUGAUUAUCAUGGUGAAUCUCGAUUUAUUAGAUGGACAGAAGUUUUUAUUCUUGAGUCAGAAGAGGGCUCGGGAAGAACAGGAGACCCCGUCGAUAUCAGUCGUUUGUCAGAACAGCUUGCUAAGGCAUCUUGUCUGGCAUUAGUGAAACUUCUAGACCUACUUGCUGCUGCCAAUCUUACAACUUUGGCAGUGCGUGCAACCAUCCAUCCAGAAAAUGUAGGGUAUCUGGCUGGAAGCAAUGGAGAAAAACUACCGCCCAUCUACAUGAAUAGCCUAGAUCAUGAAUUAGUGCCUGUUCUUAAUGAAGCCGGACUCAUGUCUGGUGAAAGCCCGGCUGUAUUAGAGCUUGUGUUCCGAAUAAUGGAUUCAGGAUGAAGUUCAACUAGAUUUUGUGAUAAAUACUGCAAUACUUUAGUCAUAAAAAACUCUCAAAAUUAGUGAUACAUUUAAAACUAACAAGUCAAAGAUAAAAUCUUUAGAAACAAUUCUUUGGCACUGAUUCAUACCGUCCUCUAAAUGUGCUCUUUCCAUUUUUAAAGGAAAAAAGAAAAUGCGCGAACCUUUUUCUUAUUCAUGUCUAACUGUUCUGUGCUAGGAGGAAGGCUGAUUUUGUUACUUUGUUCUGUGGUAACUUAAUGAUCUGGUUUCUUGUAAUUCAUGACUUUGUGAUAGGUGAAUGACUUAUUUGGGAUAACUGAUUAUUGUUUCAUGAAUAAAUGGUGUGAUGGGCUAUGAGGCUCUGAUAUGAUUUUGUUUUGUUUUUGUAGUUCUGUUUUAUUUUGCGAUGAAGCUCAACAAGUCUGAGAGAAGCUGUUCUCUUUCCUGUAUUUCUGAGCAUAUAUCAUCAUCUUUUGUGUAAUAAGAGUUUUAUAUUGUUAUAUCUGUAUAUAUUGGUAUGUGUUAACACAAUUUUAUGUCUUGAAUCAAUAUAAUAUAAUAUUUUCUAUUAUUCCAGGUUGGCUUUUAUUUUGUGAAAAAAUAUUUUGAUGCAUGUUGAUCUGUAAGCUUACCCUUCUGACAGCCUCUAAUUGCUUCUUUUGUCUGUGAUAUCAGCAGUGAAAUGUUGGACUGUGAAGGUAAUGGAUGUUGCUGUUUGUUUAGACUGCAGCAGAAUUUUCAGCUCAAAAACUCCGCUUAUUUGUUUCAAAUUGUAACUAUCCUAUGUGAUAAAGAGGCAUUGACAAAUUUUGCUGUGGAACAAUCGUUUGACUUCAUGUUCAUAUUAUGGUGUUGGAAAUUCUGUUCAAAUUUCAUGGUGCUGUAUUGUUUAAGAUCUCCUCUAACUAUGGUAGUUCCAUCUACUUCUUGCUACUAUCUAUCUUAGUAUGUGCUCACAUGCUUUAGCCAUAGAUGGACAGAAUUGCUGAGCUCCCUAUUGUAUCCUGUGCUUUGUUUGUCACCCACUCUGGAAUGCUAUUUACACCAUCUCCCACUUGUGAUCCUCACUCCUUCCUCACUUAAUCAAAAUGAGUUUUCUGAAUCUGAGUUGCAUAUCUACACAGCUGUUAAGGAAGUUGCUGGCUCUUAAUGAGCAAAUUAAUGUUCUAGUUAAAUGCAAAAUGUACGUAUGUUGAUUAUUUUAAUACAAUUUUCUUGAUUACGUU